ACGUGGAUUACCUGACAAAAAAUGUAGUUUUAACAAACUUCUGCGAAUCUCAUCACGUGAUCUCUUCCCAACUCUCUCCACAGCUCCACCAGACUGUUCAUCAGUUCCCUGCAACAUGAGGGUCACGUGACUUGCGAGGCUGUCAGUACCAGUGGAGACAAGUACAAUGGUACAGUCGACAUACGAAUAACAGGUUGUCAGGAUAACCUGUACGGUGAGCUGUGUGACCAGGUGUGUGACUGUACCGGACUGGCCACUUGUAACCGGACCUUGGGCUGUGUCUGUCAGGAGGGUGUGUACGGCGAGGGGUGUCCAAGGCCAGCUGCAGACGACGCAGGCUCCCAGACCACCCUCCUGUCCAUCAGUUUGACGUCAGGCGGAGUGGUUUUCCUCCUCCUCAUCGCAAUCUUCCUGCUCCACAGGCAAUACACCAUGAUGCGCAUGCGUGUGGGAACCAUCACCGAUCCAGAAGUCUGCAAACUCGGAAAGAAUUUACAAGCCGUGAUGCCACGAGAACGAGGCCCGUCGUCAAGCAGUAUCGACAUGGACAUGCUGAAGGAGAGGGAGAUAGACAGAAACAGGCUGCAGUUCGGUCAGCUCCUGGGAGAGGGUGCUUUUGGACACGUAGUCAAGGCAACGCUCCAACAACCUGAUGAAGACGACGUAGUGGUAGCUGUCAAGAAACUGAAAGACGACACAGAAACAACCACAAGAACAGCUCUUUUGAGGGAGACCUGUAUCAUGUUGUUGUGUGGUCAUCAUGACAACAUCAUCGGGCUCAAAGGCAUCUGUUUUAGAGACGGUCCUCUACAACUGGUGCUGGAAUAUGCGGAACACGGGAGUCUUCUUCAGCUGCUGUGGACGCUACGUGCGGAGUCCAAACACAACAUGGCGAUCCUGUCCAACAAACGGCACAUCUUCGAGACCAUGAUGGUGGAGGUUUGCAGCGGGCUGGAGCAUCUGGCGAGCAACAGGCUGGUUCACCGAGACAUCGCCGCCCGAAACAUCCUGAUUUGCGGGAAGGGAACCGCCAAGAUCGCUGACUUUGGGCUGGCCCGGGACACGUACGCUGUAGGGUACCAUCGGCAGGAGAGGGGUAAUGACCUCUUACCUCUGAAGUGGAUGGCACCGGAAAGCCUGAAGAACGAGGCUAAAUUCACAGACAAGAGUGACGUGUGGUCUUUUGGGGUCCUGUUGUGGGAAGUUGCGCAGCUCGGCCGUACGCCGUACCCCGGGAUGAACGGUGCAGACAGAAUAUAUGAUGCUCUGUAUAACCACUUCAGACUCCCCAUGCCACGGCUGUGUACAGAAGAAAGGUACCGACUGAUGCUGCAGUGCUGGAAGUUUAACGAGAAGACCAGGCUGGACGCCACGACUGUAAGAAAACGACUGGAGGAAGAUCCGAACGGCUUCUUCUACUUCAAUGCGCCAGUCGCAGCAAUCGAUGCCGCUGCACCAGUCACUUCGGUGUGAGACCACAUUGGACUUCGGUACGAGACCAGUAUGACGACUGUCUGGACAGAGCCAAUGACCUCUACAUGAACUGAGCGCCCUGGAGUCUUAAUAAUGAGAGUGCCUUUUGUUUAUCCAUUCGCGUUAACGGACUAAUCUUCCAAGAUAUAUUCAAGACAUAAGAAUUAUGAUAGCCUCGAUAUGAUCGAAAAGCAUUGCUAAGCAGAUCUGAGUGUCUUCUUGUGUAAUUUCCCCAUGCAUGUUAAGUGUUACUCCAUCUAAUGUUUUGCUCGUGAAGCAAACUGGUCUUGACACUAUAGAUCUUUCCAAAUGUUUACUGCCUUUUUGUCACCUAGGAAAACGUAAUCGGCAGUGCUAUCUGUGCCUUUAUUAACACGAAUGGCAGUCUGCUUAUAAUUCUACUAGUAAACGACUAUUUAAUUGAUGAAAAAAUUAAGACAAAGGUGGAACAAGAAUGUUGUUGGAGAAAUGCGUUUUCUUCUUGCUUUGCUGGUAGCUACGUGUAUAACUUUUUAAUAAAGGAAUCUAUAUGUAAGUAAACAUAAAUACUUUUGAUGCACAUGUCGCAGAUAUGAUAUCGCUAUAAUCAUGGUAUUUUAUACAAUGAGAUAAAGUGAAUAGA